CCAGCCAACAUGGCUGACAUCAUCCCGUUAGCGCCGAUGCGGAAGGGCUCGACGAGAAGCCCUCACUACCGCGCCAACGUACAGUCAAGAUUCUCCCUGGACGAUGAGCCCUCCAACCUGGACGAGAUGCCUCUAAUGAUGUCCGAGGAAGGCUUUGAGAACGACGAGAGCGACUACCAGACGCUGCCGCGGGCCAGAGCCAGCCGCCCACGCAGCAGAGGCGUCGGGUGGUUCCUCCUGGGGGGAUGGAGAGUGUUGUGCUGCAGCUGCUGCGAGUUGCUCGCCCGCAUGUGCCGGCGGAAGAAGGAGCUGAAGGCCCGCACCGUCUGGCUGGGCCGCCCGGAGAAAAGCGAAGAGAAGUUCCCCAAGAACUCCAUCCACAACCAGAAGUACAACGUCCUCACCUUUGUGCCCGGGGUUCUCUACCAGCAGUUCAAGUUCUUCCUCAAUCUCUACUUCCUGGUGGUGUCCUGCUCACAGUUUGUGCCGUCGCUGAAGAUCGGAUACUUGUACACCUACUGGGCGCCGCUGGGCUUCGUGCUGGCCGUCACCAUGGUGCGCGAGGCCGUGGACGAGGUGCGGCGCCACCGGCGGGACAAAGAAAUGAACUCGCAGCUCUACAGCAAGCUGACGCUGCGCGGUAAAAUCCAGGUGAAAAGCUCGGACAUACAAGUUGGAGACCUGAUCAUCGUGGAGAAGAACCAACGGAUUCCCGCAGACAUGAUAUUCAUGAGGACGUCUGAGAAAAACGGAGCGUGCUUCAUCAGGACCGACCAGCUGGACGGAGAAACGGACUGGAAGCUGAAAGUGGCUGUCGGCUGCACGCAGAGGCUUCCGGCAGUCGGGGACCUCUUCUCCAUCAGCGCCUACGUCUACGCCCAGGAGCCCCAGCUGGACAUCCACAGUUUCGAGGGGAACUUCACACGGGAAGACGUCGAACCCCAAGUCCAGGAGAGUCUGAGCAUCGAAAACACUCUGUGGGCCAGCACGGUGGUCGCCUCCGGCACCGUGAUUGGCGUGGUGAUCUACACGGGCAAAGAAACCAGGAGUGUACUCAACACGUCUUAUGCCAAGAACAAGGUGGGCCUGUUGGACCUGGAGCUGAACCGACUCACCAAGGCCCUGUUCUUGGCCCAGGUGGUUUUGUCCAUCGUCAUGGAAGUACUGCACGGGUUUGUGGGCCCGUGGUUCCGCAACCUCUUCCGAUUUGUGGUGCUCUUCUCGUACAUCAUACCCAUCAGUUUGCGCGUGAACCUGGACAUGGGGAAGGCGGCCUACGGUUGGAUGAUCAUGAAGGACGAAAACAUUCCCGGCACCGUGGUGAGGACCAGCACCAUACCGGAAGAACUGGGCCGACUGGUCUACCUGCUGACGGACAAAACAGGCACUUUGACACAAAAUGAAAUGAUCUUUAAGCGGCUGCACCUUGGAACCGUGUCCUACGGUACGGACACUAUGGAUGAGAUCCAGAGCCACAUAGUCCGGUCCUACGCCCAGGGGACCUCCUCCGGCGCCACGCCGUCCCGGAAGUCCCAGACGCCGGGCCCGAAAGUCCGCAAGAGCGUCAGCAGCCGCAUCAACGAGGCGGUGAAGGCCAUCGCCCUGUGCCACAACGUCACGCCCGUCUACGAGACCAGCGGCGAGACCGAGUUCGCCGAGGCCGACCAGGACUUCAGCGAUGACAACCGCACCUACCAGGCCUCCAGCCCCGAUGAGGUGGCGCUGGUGCGUUGGACGGAGAGCGUCGGCCUGACGCUGGUGAACCGAGACCUGACCUCCCUGCAGCUGAAGACUCCCUCCGGACAGGUCCUGUCCUUCUACAUCCUGCAGAUCUUCCCCUUCACCUCCGAGAGCAAACGCAUGGGCAUCAUCGUCCGGGAGGAGUCGACGGGAGACGUCACUUUCUACAUGAAGGGCGCCGACGUCGCCAUGGCGAGCAUCGUCCAGUACAACGAUUGGCUGGAAGAGGAGUGUGGCAACAUGGCCAGAGAAGGUCUGAGAACGUUGGUGGUGGCCAAGAAGUCGCUGUCUGAGGAGCAAUACCAGGACUUCGAGAACCGCUACAACCAGGCCAAGUUGAGCAUCCACGACCGAGCCCUGAAGGUGGCGGCGGUGGUGGAGAGCCUGGAGAGGGAGCUGGAGCUCCUGUGUCUCACGGGUGUGGAGGACCAGCUCCAGGCAGACGUCAGGCCCACGCUGGAGCUGCUCAGGAACGCCGGCAUCAAGAUCUGGAUGUUGACCGGGGAUAAGCUUGAAACGGCAACGUGCAUCGCCAAAAGCUCACAUUUGGUCUCCAGGCACCAAGACAUCCAUGUUUUCCGACCAGUGACUAGCAGAGGAGAGGCCCACCUGGAGCUCAACGCCUUCCGGAGGAAGCACGACUGCGCGCUGGUCAUCUCCGGAGACUCCCUGGAGGUGUGCUUGCGCUACUACGAGCACGAGUUUGUGGAGCUGGCGUGCCAGUGUCCGGCCGUGGUGUGCUGCCGCUGCUCGCCCACCCAGAAGGCCCAGAUCGUCACGCUCCUCCAGCAGCACACUGCCAACAGGACCUGUGCCAUAGGUGACGGUGGGAACGACGUGAGCAUGAUCCAGGCUGCAGAUUGUGGUAUCGGAAUAGAAGGAAAGGAAGGCAAGCAGGCGUCGCUGGCCGCCGACUUCUCCAUCACGCAGUUCAAGCACAUCGGGCGACUCCUCAUGGUGCACGGCAGGAACAGCUACAAGCGCUCGGCGGCCCUGGGCCAGUUCGUCAUGCACCGAGGGAUGAUCAUCUCCGCCAUGCAGGCGGUCUUCUCCUCCAUUUUCUACUUUGCCUCUGUCCCCCUGUACCAGGGGUUCCUCAUGGUCGGCUACGCCACCAUCUACACCAUGUUCCCCGUCUUCUCCUUGGUCCUGGACCAGGAUGUCAAGCCCGAGAUGGCGCUUCUCUACCCAGAACUGUACAAGGACCUCACCAAGGGACGUUCGCUGUCCUUCAAGACCUUCCUGGUUUGGGUUUUGGUCAGCGUCUAUCAAGGGGGCAUCCUCAUGUACGGCGCGCUGGUCCUCUUCGAGUCGGAGUUCGUGCACGUGGUGGCGAUCUCCUUCACGGCGCUCAUCCUGACCGAGCUGCUGAUGGUGGCCCUGACUGUGCGCACCUGGCACUGGCUCAUGGUGCUGGCCCAGUUCCUCAGCCUGGGAUGCUACCUGGCCUCGCUCGCCUUCCUCAACGAGUACUUUGACUUGUCCUUCAUCACCACCUGGCCUUUCCUGUGGAAGGUGUCGUGCAUAACGCUGGUCAGCUGCCUGCCGCUCUACAUCCUCAAGUACCUGAAGCGCAAGUUCUCCCCGUCCAGCUACUCCAAACUGGCCUCCUGAGACAAACACACCUUUUUUUUAUUUUUUGCAAAAACAAAACCAAACCUUCCCCCCUCCCACCUCCUCCUGCUCGCUGCUGCCCCCAGUGAGGAAGGCGUGUCAGUGCAUGGAGGUCAGUGAACCACUGGAGCAAUCGCACACUUUUACUGGAACUGAUCCAGCACCUUCAAACACCACCAGAGGAUUUUUGUCACAUUGUUUAGUACGCACUUCAAUCAAAACCUUUUUUUUGUUUUUUUUAUACUCUUUAUACAUUUUUUUUUUUCUAAAAAAAUUUUUUUUUGUACUUUACUUGAAGUGCAGCUCUUAUUACAGUAAAGAAUGUGCUCAGUCUAGAUCAGGGGGGCCCAAACCUUUUCCACCGAGAUCCUGUGAUUUCUCAGUUUUCACCUUCAAAACCAGUACAACAUAUAGAUUUUUUAAAAACAACUAAAAUGGGCAAUUUGGGUAGAAAUUUUGGGUGAAUGCUGAAGCGUCAAGUAUCAAAAAUAUGACCAAAAUCAACAAAGAAACGCUAGCAUGUUAACAAUAAUAUGUUAACUUGCUGUAUACCGGCUAAUUUUGCUAUAAAAAAAAAAAAGCUAGCAUGCUAAAAUGUGUCAAGUACCGAAAUAUAUUACUCUAAAAUGUGUACUUGGAAAAAUGUGUAUAAAAUGCUAGCUUGCUAACGUUAGCAUGCAUCAAGUCGCAAAAUAUAGACAUUUUGUGUGAAUGCUGAGGCGUCAAGUAUCAAAAAAUAUGAGCAAAAUUAGCACACAAAAAAACGCUAGCAUGCUAACAAUAAUAUGUUAACAUGCUAUAUAUACCUGCUAAAUUUGCUAUAAAAAAAAAAGCUAGCAUGCUAAAAUGUGUCAAGUACCGAAAUAUAUUACUCUGAAAUGUGUACUUGGAAAAAUAAAAAAAAUAAAAAUGCUAGCUUGCUUACGUUAGCCUGCAUUAAGUGGCAAAAUAUGAUUGAGGUGUGUACAUAGAAAUUUUGUGUGAAUGCUGAAGCGUUAAGUAUCAAAAAAUAUGACCAAAAUUAGCAACAAAAAAAAACGCUAGCAUGCUAACAAUAAUAUGUUAACAUGCUAUAUACCUGCUAAAUUUGCUAAAAAAAAAAAAGAGCUAGCAUGCUAAAAUGUGUCCAGUACCGAAAUAUAUAACUCUGAAAUGUGUACUUGGAAAAAUGUGAAUAAAAUGCUAGUUUGCUAACGAUAGCAUGCAUCAAGUGGCAAAAUAUAUAAAUUUUGUGUGAAUGCUGAAGCGUCAAGUAUCAAAAAAUAUGAGCAAAAUUAGCACAAAAAAAACGCUAGCAUGCUAACAAUAAUAUGUUAACAUGCUAUAUAUACCUGCUAAAUUUGCUAAAAAAAAAAAAGCUAGCAUGCUAAAAUGUGUCAAGUACCGAAAUAUAUUACUCUGAAAUGUGUACUUGGAAAAAUGUGUAUAAAAUGCUAGCUUGCUAACGUUAGCAUGCAUCAAUUCGCAAAAUGUAUACAUUUUGUGUGAAUGCUGAGGCGUCAAGUAUCA